CCUCGCCACACUUUGCGGCAGGUCUUCCUCAGCGCCCCCAAACCCCCUUCGCACUCCUUCCAUUCUCCGUCGUCUUCCUCCCACCCAUCCAAACUGUGAGCUUCUCUGAAUCACCUUCGCUUCACCCGGGUUGAUCACCACCCAUAUACCGCAUCUAAGAAUUAGCCCAUUGAUUGCAUCACAUUUCUGCUUCAUCACGCAGGAUUUAUCCUGACCCAUCUCCAUAUAACGAUAAUAUUCUAAUGGCAACUUGCCCUAUUUCCUGAUCAUGGAAACAUCCCAUUCCUACCCAGACGGCCUGCCUGCCGGGCAUGAUCCAUCCCAAACCGAAACCCAUUGGAUGGUCAAUUGGUUAUCCGAAUCGACUGAAUCGCCCAAAUCCCUUCCCUACAGUCCAAUAACGCCACCCCGUUCGCUUUCUACCGACAAGCAGAGCAAGUACGUCUUGGAUAUCGCUCCUGCAGCUUCUUCGACCUCCUACCAACCGGCGGCUGCACAUCGAUUGCAACCAGGCCGUAUAAGUCCGCAAGACAAGGAAGCCGCAGAUAUGCUGGUUGCGAUGAGCCAAGCAAGGAAUAUGACGGAUCCUAUCCCGAUUGAAGUCCCACAACGACUCUCAUUAUUCCCGAAAUACCACGAUGGUCCCGACAACGCAUUCAAACCAGAAAACCCGUAUGGAACACGUUCCAAUACCCAUCGAUGGCCGCAAGCAAGUAUCCCGCCCAAUUCAUUCCCCGAGUCCUCUAACACGUAUUACGUUGACAACGACUACGACUCGGAUACCACAAUAGACCGGCCAGAGAGUCCAAAUGAUGUGGGACGAGUAAUAGGACCGGGCAUUGAAGAAAAUUCUUCGAGGAAUGAAAGCGAGACGAGAUGGCGACAUUCGACGGCAAUAAGCACAAGAGGGCCAACCAAGCCCACGAUCAGAUCCACCUCUUUCCGUUGGGGGCAACGUCCAUCCAGAGUACGAACCCAAACAGAAGGGCGAGAGGAAAGCCAAGUCGGAGAGUAUGCUUCGCCCCAAUCGUCGCCCGUUCAAUCUUUGAAUCUUGAGCGGCAGCAGCGCAUAAUUCCAGUUUCCGAGCUCUCAGAUAAACGACAGUGCCAGGGCAAACACGCUGCCACUUAUAAGCAGCCAGACCGGGAGACAGGGCGGUCUGGCGGUCCCGGGUCCGACAACAAGCGACGCGCUGCUGGAAACGGCAUUGCCUCCGAAGCACUUCAGAAACAGCCUGUCAACUCGACGAUACACAGAGAUGUGUAUAACGAACACCCUGCUCCUAAGAAAAAACGAUCCCAACUGGAUCAGCUGCAAUCGAGCUUGAACCCCGAAUCCUUUGAGCCUCACUAUGACAAGACCGGCGGCAGACUUAGCAGGACGGACGGAGGGGCCGUUGAGUAUCAUGGACGACGUUCUGGGCUGGGUGAGGCGGCAAUGUAAAAUACAGGCAUAUUUGGGCAUGACUUUCAGGCCAACAUAUGAUAGCAUUCUAGGAGCACGGUCAAUUAGGCAAGGGCUGGACUUAUAGCUAAAGGGCGGGCUGCUGGUUACUAUACCGAUCUCGAAAAAUAUCACAAAUUU